AUGCAAGAGCAUAACUUCGGUAGGCAGGACGCUGCCGUAAGGACAGUCUCAACGGCCGAAAGUCAUAAUUCUACAACCCGGCAUAUUACUCUUUCCAGUUCUGUCGAAGUAGCUCAGCCUAAAAUGUCGUCUCAUGCACCAUUAAUACGACCUCCAAUUCCUGGAAGUAGACAAGCAAUCAGUAGUCCUAGAACACCAAGGCUAGGACUUGCAAUACCACCUUCCCCGAAUGCAAAAACUGUCAAUGCUCCUCUUAAGCCGCAAAAUCUAUCAAUUCAAAUGCCGGGCCAAUCCACUCCUAGGGCAAGACCAUCUCAACCUCAAUUAAAAAUUUCUACCCCAAAAAAAUCCAGUCACACACCUUUGGAACAACAACAAACACAUCAUCUGGUAGAUCGACAUGGGAUCUCAAUAACAAAUAUUCAGUCAGCCGGUGGCGGGAGUGAAAGUAGUGAAGCACACUCUAGAUCUGGAAGCUUUGGGCUAUUAGAUGGAAGAGGUAGUGUACCCGUAUCUGCUGGAUCUCAAUACUCGGCACUAUCAUUUGCUCAAAAUGGUCUCCGUCAUCUUCAAGGCACCCCGGAUCCUUCAUCUGCUGUCGGUUCUAUAUAUCCCGAAAGGAGCGAAAUAGGAUUGGGAGUCGAUCGUGAUGGUAGUUUAAACGAGCUCGACUCGUUCGCCAGGCUAAGUUUAGAGCGAGCGAGGACACUAGAUGUAGAAGAGCUGGAUGAUGAAGGAUGGCGAAUAGCAAGUACAGAAAAUAGGAUUCAAGAGUUGAGCAGUUUAGGGGAGGGAGCUGGCGGAGCCGUCACCAAAUGUAUUUUAAGAGGGGGCAAGACGAUAUUUGCGCUAAAGAUCAUCACUACAAAUCCAGAUCCCGAUGUUAAGAAGCAAAUUGUUAGGGAACUAGGAUUCAACAAAGAUUGCGCGAAUGAGCAUAUCUGCAGAUAUUAUGGCGCAUUUGUCGAGCCUUCGACAGCUACAAUUUCUAUCGCCAUGGAGUUUUGCGAAGGGGGCUCUCUCGACAGUAUAUACCGCGAAGUCCGGAAGCUCGGUGGACGUACUGGAGAAAAGGUUCUCGGGAAAAUUGCAGAAGGUGUUCUGAAUGGACUAACCUACCUCCAUGGCAAAAAGAUCAUUCAUCGCGACAUAAAACCUAGCAAUAUUCUUCUAUGUCGAGAUGGGCAAGUAAAACUUUGUGACUUUGGCGUGAGCGGCGAGUUUGGUACUAAGGGAGAUGCCAAUACCUUCAUUGGUACUUCGUACUAUAUGGCACCCGAGCGUAUCACUGGACAAUCCUACACGAUUACAUCUGAUGUCUGGUCGACAGGUGUAACACUCCUCGAAGUAGCACAACAUCGGUUCCCAUUUCCAGCCGACGGAACUGAAGUGCAACCAAGAGCAGGUCUUAUUGAUCUACUGACUUAUAUAGUACGGCAGCCAGUUCCAAAACUUAAGGAUGAACCUGAAGCUGGGAUAAAGUGGAGUGAUAACUUCAAGUAUUUCAUAGAAUGCUGUCUUGAGAAAACCCCUUCUCGUCGAGCAUCACCAUGGCGCAUGCUCGAGCAUCCCUGGAUGAUCGAAAUGCAAUCAAAACGGGUGCACAUGGCACACUUUCUAGCCACUGUUUGGGGUUGGGAAGAAAAGUAG